GCUUCGUCUCCGGACUCUUGCUGACAUGUCCCAACAUUUACAAGAGAAUUAGGCUCACUGCGUUCCGGGCUGACCGGCCACUCCGUCACGUCGUCAUAUGGCCCCCUGCAAUUAGAUAUUUUGAGAUUUUGUUGAAGUCGUGAAGGAGCAGAAACUGUACCACCUUCCUCAACUAGCUGUUUGCUUUUCCUUUGCCAGGAACAUAAAGUAGCCGGAGUAAGUGAACUGCAAAUUCAAGUGAAUGCUGCAGGGUAGAGUCAUACGGGGAGGGUAAAUACUGCAUUUGAAAGAGACUCAUAGUGUAUGUAAGGAGGACUUGCCCAAACUUUGAAGCUUCACGCUCCACUUCUGACCGACGAUACCCUCAAGCACGACUCCAUCAACACCUCAGAGCAACAUCUUCAAGACUCAUUCAGCAACAAAUUAUUCACUAUGCUCUCAAUCAAUCUUUUCACCCUGCUGCUUGUCGCCUUCCAAACACACCUGUCUCUCGCCGUUCCAGUCGAAGGUCCAGUUGAAGCUCUCAAACCACGCACUUCUCUCCACACCUGUGCUGUCUUUGCUCAACGCUGGUUCGACAACUCCUUCGACCUUCAAGCCUUCGGCUAUAACUGGACAGCAGAUGGUGUAUUCCAAGGCAUUGCCAAAGCAGAUAUUGAGACUACUGGCUUGCCCGCAGGCACCGUCUUCACUACUCCGAAUAAAAUUGGCUCUUACCAGUUCACUGCCAUUAAUACGGCCAAUCCUGCUGUUGUCAAUGGCCAGGUCAAUUGGAAUGACCCUGGCAAGUUGAGCUUCAUUUGGGGAACGACGGAGUUUGAUACGUUUAGCCCGGGCAAUACUUGUGUCACUAUUGCUGUGGGCUUCUCGCCGUACGGCUACGCAACAAACUACACUUGUCCGUUCCAAUGCGACUCUUGAGCUUGUGUUUCGCAAAUUGAAGUAGCUUUGCGGGCAGACAGUCUGAAGAACUUUUCACUACUGGGCCAGAAUGGAUUUUUGGGUUAGGAACGGUCUUCUGAUAGCUCUGGUUUUGAGAGUCGCUGACUGAAUGGACUCAGAAAGGGCCAAGGCUGGAGUCUGGCUUUGGUAGCUUUUAUAUCUCAAGAUCUCCUGGCAAUACAAAGACUUCUUCAC